CCUUUGCUCUUUAGUAAUUGCUUUACUAAAAACUAGUCUGCAGAUGGCCUUUCUGCAUCUUCUAAGUCUACGCAAGUGCCUGGGAAUCAUUGGCCAAGGAGGCUGUGAAGGUGUGUCCUGCAGUCUCACACUCAUUCUCUGUCUGUCUCCUUGCCUGCUGGCAGCCGUGGUCGGGGCUGGAAUCGGGGGCUCUGCCGUGACCCAUUUCCUUCAGCAGCAUUUCGGCCCCCGGGUACAGAUCGACGUGUUUGAGAAGGGGACAGUGGGCGGCCGCUUGGCCACUAUCUCGGUCAACAAGCAGCACUAUGAGAGCGGGGCCGCCUCCUUCCACUCCCUGAGCCUGCACAUGCAGGAUUUCGUCAAGCACCUCGGGCUGAAACACCGGCGAGAGGUGGUGGGCAGGAGCGCCAUCUUCGGCGGGGAGCAUUUCGUGCUGGAGGAGACAGACUGGUACCUGCUGAACCUCUUCCGCCUCUGGUGGCACUACGGCAUCAGCUUCCUGCGGCUGCAGAUGUGGGUGGAGGAGGUCAUGGAGAAGUUCAUGAGGAUCUAUAAGUACCAGGCCCAUGGUUACGCCUUCUCGGGCGUGGAGGAGCUGCUCUACUCGCUGGGGGAAUCCAGCUUCAUCAACAUGACCCAGCGCUCUGUGGCUGAGUCCCUGCUCCAGGUGGGCGUCACACAGCGCUUUAUCGACGAUAUCGUCUCUGCCGUCCUGCGGGCCAGCUACGGCCAGUCAGCAGCGAUGCCCGCCUUUGCUGGAGCCAUGGCGCUAGCCGGAGCCCAGGGCAUCCUGUGGUCUGUGGAGGGAGGCAAUAAGCUGGUUUGUUCCGGUCUGCUGAAGCUCACCAAGGCCAACGUGAUCCAUGCCACAGUGACCUCUGUGACCCUGCAGCAUACAGAAGGGAAACCCUUGUACCUGGUGGAGUAUGAGAAUGAGAUGGGCAUUGGCUUCGACGUCUACGACAUAGUGGUCAUCGCCACCCCCCUGCACCUGGACAACAGCAGCACCAUCACCUUUGAAGGCUUCGACCCGCCCAUCGAUGUCAUCCAGGACUCUUUCCCGCCCACCGUGGUCUCCUUGGUCCACGGCUACCUCAACUCUUCCUACUUCGGGUUCCCCGACCCUAAGCUUUUCCCCUUCGCCAGCAUCCUUACCACAGAUUUCCCCACCUUCUUCUGUGCCCUGGACAACAUCUGUCCUGUCAACAUCUCAACCAGCUUCCGACGCAAGCAGCCUCAGGAGGCCGCUGUUUGGCGGGUCCAGUCCCACAAGCCCCUCCUCCGGUCCCAGCUGAAGACCCUCUUCCGCUCCUAUUACUCAGUGCAGACAGCCGAGUGGCAGGCCCACCCCAGCCACGGCUCCCGCACCACCCUCCCUCGGUUCGCACUCCAUGACCAACUCUUCCACCUCAAUGCCCUGGAGUGGGCAGCCAGCUCCGUGGAGGUCAUGGCUGUAGCUGCCAAAAACGUGGCCCUGCUGGCUUACAACCGCUGGUACCAGGACCUAGACAAAAUUGACCAGAAGGACUUGAUGCACAAGGUAAAGACUGAACUGUGAGGGCCGAGCCUGGGAACGUCCACUCCCGCCGAAGAUGGAUCACCCCCACAGCGGCCAUGGCUGCGCAAGCCACGCUCGCCUGCCCAGCCCCCAGCCCCCUCCCGCGCCCAGGUCAUCUCUCCAGUGGGUCCGGGUGGC